AUGGGGAAGAACAAGGGUGCCUCUCGGGCCCUGACGCAGGAAGAGAUCUGGGAUGACUUCGCACUCGUUCAAAGCUGGGAUGAAGCCGUCGAGGAAUACAAGCUCUACCACAGCAUCGCUGCCAAAGGCGAGAAUGUUGAAGAUGUCCUGAGGGAGGCCGAAGCUGCUGCUGAGGCGGAGACUGGACCAUCAAUGUCUUGGGCUCAGGUCGAGAAGGAUGACGACAUGGCUGACGUGAACGCCGCGGAUUCAGUUCAGCCGGCUGCCGCUCCAGCUGAGACGCAGGGCAUGCAGGCUCGGCUACAGACACAAGAGGCGGCUGGGUCUGAGCAGGUGAAACAAGAGCAAGAGACCGCAGCUGCAACUGGGCCUCAAGCACAAGCACCGACCAUGCCUUAUCCCGCCUUCCCUCAGACCCAAGAUGAAGGGUUGAAAAACCUUAUGAUGGCAUGGUAUUAUGCUGGGUACUAUACUGCCCUGUAUCAAGAACAACAACAAUUGGCGACAGUCAUCUACCGUUCGUGGCAACCUCGUUUGCGCGCAAAUCAGCCAGCGCCGCGCAACCAAGCAACAGCCCGAAACACCGGUCCAAGUGGAAUGGCUCGGCGGCAUUCACCUUGA